AUGAACUUUCAGAACGGCUACAACGGAGGAGGAGGAGGUGGAUACAAUCCCAGUAUGGGCGGAGGAUUCGGAGGCGGGAACGGCUACGGAGGUGGAGGUGGAUAUGGUGGGGGAGGUGGAGGUGGAGGGUAUGGAAGAGGAAGAGGUGGAGGACGCGGCGGAGGGUUUGGAGGCGGUGGGGAUCAAAGACCGCCAGUACCGGAGAGCUCAAAUGCGAGAAUGAGGAAGAUGGUCGUCAAGUUUGCGGAUGAGGAGGACUUUCACCCAACUGAAGACCCGCCCAGACUAGCCAAGGUGCUUCGGAAACAAUGGCGCGAAGGGUCCCAUGGCGUCAUGGAUGGUUUCCGGAUAGGAGUGACGCAAGAGCCGCACAAGCACGCACACUACGUCUCCCUCCUACUGGCCAUCUCCUACCGGCCCGCAACAGCAAAGGAUGAGGAGGAUCCAGAAGCUGUCGAGCCAAAAGUAGGCGAGAAGCGUAAAGCUGGUGCCGCCGAGGAGCCAGACUGCCUCAAGGAGAUAUUAGAUGAUAUGACGAGGGCGUUCAAGGGGUGGGUGCAGGAGCGAGAAUGGCUCAAUAUGCGAUUAGGCCUGCAAUUCUUUUCGCUCCUUCCAGCUGCGGGACUGUCCUUGACCGCUUCCCUGCUGGAGCUGUACAAGUCGCUCCUGUCGGUCCUUGGGGAAGUCGGCGGGGGAGGUGAUAGGGCGGAGAGAGUCAUUCGGGCUGUCGGGGAGGGCUUGCUCAGGUCCGGCCAACAGCUCCGGGAGCACUUCCCUUCCGAGAUGGACAGCCUCAUCGACUCGAUCGAGACAUCCGUUGCAGGCCGGCGGACCGGCAAGCUCCUGUGCGACCCAUUAUCACCGAUACUUCCCGAAGGCGAGGAAGCCGAGACAUACCAGGAUUCCCUCGACAAUCUCCUUGCUGCCUUGCAAGCGCUUCGAACAGACGACUUUGCUUCCCCCUCAUGUCUCCCCGCUCAUUUCACCGGUAUCAUCCCGCCAGAGGGUCUGGACUUGGCCGAUGUAUAUGAGCUCCCGACCGUCAGCCUCCCGCCAGAGCUGUAUGAUAUCGACGAGGACCGAUGGCAAGUGGGCGAGGGGCAAGUGGGGAAUCUGCAGCUGUUCGCUGAAGAGGUCGUCUUACCCCCAAGUACGCCUAACGGCUGGAUCAUGCGCAGUACCAUCCUCGACCUCGUCCACAUCUUCGAGGUCAACCGGAAGGAAACCGCCCGCAUGCUCCUCGCCCUCCCUCGAUACUUUGCGGAAGGCACCUUCAAGCCUGCGGCUGGUGCGCCGGUCGAGGACGAGUCGGACAAGCCAGUCUCCACCCUCUCCCUCGAAUCGCUCAUCAUCUCGACUAUCCUCAACGCCAUUACCCUGCUUCCGUCUUCACCGUGCAAGGAGGUUUAUUACACUUCGGUGAUUGCCGAGCUGUGUAAGCUUAGCCCGAACACCGUUGCCCCUCCGGUGGGACGGUCGGUGCGAAAGCUGUACAGCAUGUUGGGGAUGGGCGGGCUGGAUAUUGAGGUGAUUAGGAGAAUUGCCGAGUGGUUUGCGGUACAUCUCUCAAACUUUGGGUUCCAGUGGAUGUGGAAGGAAUGGCUACCAGAUAUGGAGCUCCCCGCGUCGCACCCCAAAAAGGCGUUCAUCAGGCGGAUCAUCGAGCUGGAGACUAGGCUGGCAUACCACGACCGUAUCCUCGACAGUCUGCCUGAGCCGAUGACCAAGCCGGCCAGCGGUGUGAUGCCCGUCGCGCCGGAACCUGUCUGGCCUUACGAGAAAGAAGACCAUCCCCUUCACGCUGAAGCGGCCGAUUUCCUGAAGAUCCUCCGCGCGCGCACAUCCGCCGAGGAUGUUCGCUCGCACCUCAUCGCUCUUCCCAAUGCCUCUUCAGGACCUGGCGAGCCCCUCUCGACCGAAUACCGCCUCAUGGUUGCCGAAACCCUCCUCCAGCUCGGCUCCCGCUCCUUCUCCCAUUUCCUCAACGCGACCGAGCGAUAUGCCGACCUCCUUCGCCACCUCACGCCCGAUCCGGCUUCGCGCCAGAUCCUCCUCACUGCCGUCGGGUCCUUCUGGCGUGACUCGAGUCAGAUGCGGCUCAUCGCGGUCGACAAGUACAUCCAGUACGGUGUUCUCGAGGGGCUGGACAUCGUUGAGUGGACGUUCAAAAAUGAGGAGCAGCUGGGUGGCGCCGAGGUAGCGGAUGGAUGGACGGAUGGGUGGAAGUGGGAGAUUUUGAGGAUGUGUCUGGACAAGCAUGUGGGGAGGGUGGUGGCUGUCCGGAGACGGGUGAGGCAGGUGGAGAGGGAGGAUGAGGCGGCGCGGGCGAGAAGAGCAGCAGAGAGAUUGGAGAGUGGAGAAGGGGUCGGGGAGGGGAAUAGUAUGGAUACGGAUGCGGACCAUGAGGAUCGGUCAAAAGAAGCUCGGGAUGCCCAAACCUCACUCGAUAUCCAUACGACCGCACUCGAAAAGAUACUCCUGGCGACUACGAAACACUUCUUAACCUCCCUUCUGCCCUGGACGACGCCCGCCUCGUCAGCGGGCAACGGGGUGGACGAGGGGCUCAAGUCUGUCCUGGCGUUGAUCGAGAAGGGGGAGGAUGGGUAUUGGACCGUCAGGGCCCGAAUGGGGUGGUAUAAGGAAUUUGUGAGGUUGUAUGCGCAACAUCUGGGAGGGCUGGCGGAGGUUGUUGAGAGGGAUACGAUGGGCAAGUGGGCUAGCAAAGCGGUGGAGGGGAGGGCGGAGGAGGUCGUUAGGAGUUUAUGGAGGGCGGCGGUGGGUGCGGAGGAGUAG